AUACCAAAUUACGAACAUCCAUCCAUCCAUCCAUCCCUUCCCACUUUAUUAUUAUCAUUUUAAUUAUUUCUUUUUCAGCACCAGCAAAGGCUUCCUUCCUCCUCCAUCUCCUCCCUGUCUGCCUGUCUCUGCCAAUUCUCCGACCGCCUCCCUCUCUACAGGUAGGUGUGCCUGAAAUUAUUUAAAUCAGACAAUGUCCUGCUGUGGAGGAGGAGAAGAGGAACCAUAUGCCGGUCCACCUGCAAACCAGAACGCCGGUCCACCUAGAGGCGCUGCUGGUAAUGCAUUUCCCGGCGGCAAUUCCGCAGGCAGUCAAAGAGGAGGAGAGCCAAGAGCCUCUGCAAGAAACGGUGCUCCCCAGAAAGUAUUGCCUAUCGAGAUACCAGCUCUGUCAUUGGAUGAGCUGAACAGAUUGACAGACAACUUCGGGCCCAAGUCUCUGAUUGGAGAGGGCUCUUACGGCCGCGUGCAUUAUGCCAAAAUGGACGAUGGCCAGGAAGUGGCACUCAAGAAGCUCGACAACAGUUCAGCACCAGAUGGAGACUCUGCAGACUUUGCAGCUCAGCUCUCAACGGUCUCGAGGCUUAAGCACGAACAUUUUGUGGGGAUGCUCGGCUACUGCCUAGAGCCAGACAACAAAAUCUUGGCAUUCGAGUAUGCCACAAUGGGUUCCUUACACGAUGUGUUGCACGGAAGGAAAGGGGUGCAAGGGGCAGAACCUGGUCCGGUCCUGACGUGGAGCCAACGAGUGAAGAUUGCUUAUGGAGCUGCAAAGGGAAUCGAAUAUCUACAUGAGAAAUGUCAGCCUCCAAUUGUGCACCGUGAUAUCCGAUCCAGCAAUGUUCUUCUUUUCGAUGAUUUUGUAGCCAAGAUUGCCGAUUUCAGCUUGACAAACCAGGGCUCGGACACUGCAGCUCGCCUGCACUCCACUCGAGUCCUCGGAACUUUCGGCUACCAUGCUCCAGAAUAUGCAAUGACAGGACAGAUAACACAGAAGAGCGACGUGUACAGCUUUGGUGUGGUUCUUCUAGAACUUCUGACAGGCAGAAAACCAGUAGACCAUACCAUGCCCAAGGGCCAACAAAGUCUGGUCACCUGGGCAACUCCAAGAUUGAGUGAGGAUAAAGUGAAGCAAUGUGUGGAUCCCAAACUAAACAAUGAUUACCCCCCCAAGGCCGUUGCCAAGCUGGCAGCAGUUGCGGCAUUGUGCGUGCAAUACGAAGCAGACUUCCGGCCGAACAUGACGAUCGUGGUCAAGGCAUUGCAACCACUUCUCAACUCCAAACCAGGUGGCACUGAACCAAAUGCAUAAAUAAUAGUAACAAUAUGACUUGACUACUUGUUUGGCAUAAUUGUCAAGGCAAUGAUCUGUUUUUGGGUACAAAAUCAUUCCAAUGAAAGAGAUUUCCAUGUUCUUGCUGUCAAACCCUUCUUCUUGUCCUCUUUUUGGGACUAAUUAGAUGAUGAUGAUGAUAAUGAUAAUGAUAUUUUGAUGGUGAUAUAUAGUUGAUUUGUUAAUAUUGAAAACUUCUUGUUGCUCUCUCUUAGCCCUUUAGUCACGCAGAAGAUUGAUUGAUUGCAACUUAAUCAAAGAUAGUUUGAUUAUUCAUAAAUGGAUGGAAUAGCAAACAAGGCAGCAAGAACAAUUCUUGUCUUCGCCACAGUACUAUGACAGCACACAAUUAUGUUAAUAUAGUAUAAAUACAAUAUAUAUAACUAACAACGCAGGACAACAACAAUUAUAUAAGGACAUACGGAUACAUCAUACAAAGAUAGCACGUGAAUGUCCUGUAAGGGAUGACCUAGUGGUGUGGAGGUGGACUUAUGACGGUGAAGCCAUGGGUUCAGACCCCCAACGUCUUCAAAUCAUCUGCCACACAUGUCGAGCUUGGUUUGCAGGGUAUUAAGUUCAGCCGAAAUUUACUCAGUGCGCACUUUCGAAUAGUAGCUGCGGGUUCCAAA